GUUGUCAACAGAUGGUGAUAGAUCCGCUGGGUUUGUUUUAAAUACCAUCUGCACAUGAAUGUAACUUUGAAGAACAGAUUUUCUUUUUGUUCACAUGUACCAAUCUACCAUGCUGAUGCAAAAGCUAAGCGGAGUCACUUUGCUGCUGUUGCUGUGUCAACAUGCAUCUUUCCUCUCUGCAAGUGAAAAUGCAAAACAAUCAGUGACCUGUGAAGGAGACUCUGGAUCCCUCAGUUGUGAAUCUGGAUACAUAAAUGUCCUUGGUGCCAACUAUGGAAGGACUGAUGGCAAAACAUGCUCGGAUGGGAAACCACCUGGGAAGCUCUCAAAUGUUAAAUGCUCCUCAAAAACAACCCUCAAAAAGAUGACAGUUCGGUGUAAUGGAAGACAAAGCUGUUCUGUUUCUGCAGUGGACUCAGUUUUCUCUGAUCCUUGUAAAGGGACUUAUAAAUACCUGCAAGUGUCUUAUGAGUGUCUCCCAAUUAAGAAGCGCAUAACUUGUGAAGGUAGCAAGAAUAACAUUACCUGUGAGAAGGGUGUUAUUUCGGUUCAUUAUGCCAAUUAUGGACGGCGGAAUCUUGCAACCUGCCUUAAUGAAUUAGCAACUAACCCAGACUGUUACUUUGAUCAGACUGCCCGUUUCAGUUCCAGGUGCAAUGGAAAGAAGUCUUGUCUUCUAGAGGCUUCAAGUUUGGUGUUAUCUGAUCCGUGUAAAGGCGUCUAUAAGUACCUGGAAGUGACAUUCUCCUGCAAAAUCGCUUAGCAUGAUCUGCAUCAGUCGGUGAGGAAACUUCCUGUAAGAGCAGAAGCAGAACAUCCUUUUCUUUAGCACUGGCAUUUCGGUUUCUCUUCUUAUUCUCUUUUCUUUAAAUCAGCUUUGAAACAGUUUAUUUCAAAAAGUUUCAUACAAAUAAAUUGCAGUUGAAAUUAAA